AUGUUCGGGUUAAUUCUAAUUUUUAUUCCGACGAUAAUAUGGGUGGAGGCGACGACUACGACCACGACAACAACAAUGAUGACGACAACCACCGUCGAUACGAGCUAUUCGUACAUUUGCGUGUGUGACAAUACGUCACAAGUUGUCGCGGGCACCGGAUGCUCGAUUACGGGCUCCGACACGGAAGUGAAUUACGCCGGUUGUUCAUGUGCUGACGGGACGGAUAUCCAACCAAAGCAAGUAUCUGGUAUCUGGGUACUGUAUUGUGGAGAUGAACCGACUGGGAAUUAUACUGGAUAUACAACCACUACUACGACCACUGUCAGUACCUCUACGGACUGCGAAGACCUGGAUGAAGACGGGGAAUGUGACGAGGCACAAGCAUUACGCUGUACGACACGAUACAUGUCGGAGAGCCUAUACAAAAUAUUCAAAUGGGCAUUUCUGGUGAUGUUUAUAUGGAUUACCGGAUGGGUGUUGGCUACGAUAUUUGUCAACAUCAAGCAUAAAAAUACCGGGCACCACCGCUACAUCCAUCUUUUUGAGGAGAUUUCGAUCGUUUUGUUAUUUUUGACGAUGGUCGGGCUGCAGUUGUUCUUCAACAUCAAGCAGAAUCCCUGCAAACUCCUAAAAAUCCUCUCGCACCUCUUCAUGGUCGUCACUUGCGGAGCGUUCUUUUUUGAGGCCUGGUUCGCCAAUUCUCUGAUCAACGCGAAUUCCCUGAAAAACGGCAGCGUCCCGGCUUUCCUGAACUAUUUGCUGCCCGUCGUGAUGGGUGUCGUCGUUUCGCUACUUUCAUAUUUUGCGAAAAAGACGGAAUAUGCAUUGAGUGGAUUACACUGCUUGGCGCCGACAAAUGCUGAAAUCUUAUGGGCCUACUGUAUCCCGCCGUGGAUUCUGUUGAUGGCCGCGUCGUGGAAGGUGCAAACCGCCUUUCUGCAAUGCCGAAAAUUCGACCCGAAAAAAGCCGACGAGAAGCAGAUCUACUGGGCAUUCCGAUCAGCCCGUGCUCUUCCUCCAUUCGGAUGGCUUCUCUUUGGCAUCUAUAUGUCGAUGAUCUUCGGCAUGGAUCAGCAAUUAUUCUGGGUUCUCGCGCUCGCCAUUGUGAUGAUGAUCAUCUACGGGCCGGCCAUAUUCUUCGUUCACACUUAUGGACAUAUUAAUGUGAGUUUA